UAUGAAAAUAUUAGUUAGACUGGCCACAAUGGAAACGACUGGAAACGACUGUUUUGGUAUACCAAAUGUACUCAUAUGCAAUCCGUAUUUUAGUAUCGGAAUUCGUAUUCCCUAAUUCCCCAUAUCCGAACGGAUACAACCUUCCCUGCAACGGAGCAGCGUGACGAAACAAUGGCCAACGCAAGUGAAGUUAAGCUCGAACAGUUUCUCCAGUGGCUACAGCUGAAUAACGUCGAGCUGCGAGGUAGCAGUAUCAAGUACAGCAAUUCGAACAAAGGGUUUGGGAUUUUUUCUUCUAAUGAUGUCUGUGAUGGUAUACUGCUGGUGGUCCCACUUGAUUUAAGUAUAACGCCUAUGAGGGUGCUUCAAGAUCCUCUUUUUGGACCUCACUGUCGAGCCAUGUUCGAGGAAGAGGAAGUAGAUGACAGGUUCUUGUUGAUUUUGUUUCUAAUGGUGGAACGUCUAAGGAAGAACUCAUCUUGGAAACCGUAUUUUGAUAUUCUUCCCACCAAAUUCGGGAACCCACUAUGGUUUUCAGAUGAUGAGCUUUCAGAGCUGAAGGGAACCACAUUGUAUCAGGCAACUGAUUUGCAGAAGCAAAAACUGCAUCAUCUUUUUUAUGGGAAAAUGAAGAAGUUGGCUGAGGAACUUUUAACUCUUGAUGGAUGCCCUGAAAGUGAAGUGGGCUUUGAUGACUUGUUAUGGGCAAAUUCCAUAUUUUGGAGUAGAGCACAAAAUAUACCUCUUCCACAUUCCUAUGUAUUUCCAAAAAGUUCAGAAGGAAAAGAACUUGAGUCUGCUGAAAAAAAUGGAACUGCUAUUGCAUCUGAAUCAGUAGAAGAUACAGUGUGGGUAGAAGGUCUUGUCCCUGGCAUUGAUUUCUGCAAUCAUGGUGCAAGGCCCACUGCAACAUGGGAAGUUGAUGCAACAGGAAUGACAGCUGGUGUUCCUUUCUCUAUGUACCUUUCUUCAGUUGGAGAAGGUCCCUUCAAGAGUCAUAAUGAGGUAUUAAUUAGCUACGGAAACAAGGGAAAUGAGGAGCUGCUGUACCUUUAUGGAUUCGUGAUGGAAGAUAAUCCAGAUGACUAUCUCAUGGUUCAUUACCCUGUGGAGGCUAUUCAGGGCAUCAAUUUUUCUGAGUCCAAAUCGCAGCUCCUUCAAGCACAGAAAGCUGAGAUGAGGUGUUUGUUACCAAGAAGUUUGUUGAAAGAAGGAUUCUUUCCUCCAUGUACGCCUCAAAUAGAGAUGAGUGAUAAACACUCCAGUAAUCACAUGAAAAACUAUAGUUGGAGCGGUGAGCGCAAGCUGCCCUCUUACUCAAAUAGGCUUGUUUUUCCCGAGGAUUUUUUGAGUACCUUGAGAACAAUAGCAAUGAGAGAAGAUGAACUGUUCAAGGUCACAACAUUACUCAGUGAGCUUGUUGCACCUGAAAGCCAACGGCAACCAACUGAUAUCGAAGUUCGAGCAGCCAUUUGGGAAGCAUGCGGCGAUUCUGGAGCCUUGCAAAUGCUUGUUGAUCUGCUUAAUAUGAAGAUGAUGGAUCUUGAAGAGGGUUCUGGGACAGAGGAGAAUGACACCAAACUACUUUCUAAAGACUUCUUCAUAGAUGCUGUGGAGCACAAAAGCAAAUACGAUAACAAUGACACCAAGGAGAACUUUUUGAGCAGAAACAAGUGGUGUAGCAUAAUAUACCGACAAGGGCAGAAGCAACUCACCCGCCUUUUCCUCAAGGAAGCAGAGCAUGCUCUUCAAUUAGCAUUGCUGGAGGAUAACCAGAAUUAGUGAGUUGUCUUAAUAUGACAUAUUUGGUGAUGACAGUUUGCUGUGAUUUGUUCCUACCUGCAAUCGUAGUUCACUGGUCAUUGGGUGUGGAAGUAAACAAGACCCCUGAACCACGUAGUUUAUCGGUUUCAGAUUUUAGGACUACAUGUAUGGUUUUCUUCUCACAGAUGUUUUUGAAUGCAUCAGCCAUUUGAGGACAAUCUAUUUCACUGACUAUUAAUGCUUAAUAGUGUGUGAUUGUUGGAUUUGUUGGGUCAUAUAUGUUUUUUCCUUUAUUGUUCAUUAAUUUAAUUUUCCCAGUGUAUUUGAGGUUGUAAUGGAUUUCAAGCUUCAUUGUUCAUCUGUUCAUAAUGAUAGGGAUCAACCUAUUAGACUAA